CGUGGGCGCUGUUGAUGCUUUUGUUGCUAUGACAGCAAAUAUAUUUUGAAUGGGUUUGCAAAGAUAAUAAUAAUAAUAAUAAAUAACAACAGCAACAACAACAAUUAUUAUCAUUGGGGACGUUGCCACGACGAGAAUCUGACUUGUUACGAUGGAGGAAGAUAAACUGAAGUCUAAGACAAGUGACACGUCAUAUCCCAAGAACCCCUUCAAGAUGGCAAUCGAUGCAGACAUUUUUGAACUCCGGGAAAAAGAGAGGAUGAUCAAGAACGAAGAGAGGUUGAAGCAGAAAAACCUGAAGAUCCAUCAGAAGGUGACGUAUGCACACAAGAUCAAAUCUCACAAAAGGAUCACCAUGAAACCAGAUGAGGACCUGGAAGAAGAUGGAGAAGAGGAAGAAAGCAAAUCUGUCAAAGAUGAUUCACAGUUCACCAUUGCCAUUACGAAAGAUCGAAGAUUUGAAAGAGAAACCAUCGGUGAAUAUAUUUCCAAGAAAAGAGAGAUGUUUCGUGUUCAGUAUGCUAUUGGUGUAAUGCGACACGAGAUGCGGAAGCUGGACGAAAUCGCUCAGGCGGAAGAAAGGAAACUGGAAAUGGCAGAACAAUAUUUGGAGGAAGAUGCUUCGAUGUUUGAUGAAUUCUUGAAGGAAAAUGACAAGAGUUCUGUUGAAGCCAUAAAGAUUGCUGAACAGGAAACGAAAGAAAAACUAGAGAAAGUUGCUGAAAUCAAAAAGAUCAAUGCAUCAAUAAUGUCACUAAAAUCUGAAAUAUCAAAGGCUGAAGACACAUUGAAAGAGUACAAGAUAUACCGGGAUUUUCUGGAGAAUCUUGCACCAGUGGUAUGUCUAUCUCCUUAAAGUAACUGGAAUAAG